AUGUUUUGUGAUUUAGUGAGAGAAUUUGGGCAGUCUUUUUACAAUGCUUCUGUGAAUACCACAAAUACACCUUCGACAAUAAAUAAUAGAAUCGAAAUAACUACACCAACAAAUACAAAACCAAAUAAUGUUUAUAACAAAAUAGACAACAAAACAAUUCCAAUUAAAAGGAUAUACUAAAAUAUAUUUAUU